AUGAAUAAGAGAUCGUCGAGCUUUGUGGUUCCUUCGCCUAAGAAAGUGGCAUUGGCCACACCUCCUUCAACCCCACAGAAGUCUAGAAUAAAGGACUUGACCAAUGUCUUGACAGACGUGAACUCGCCUGUUGCGAAGAAAAGGUUAAGCUUUGUACUGUCUCCUGCAACACCCCCAACCACGCCUACAAAACUAAAGCAAACGUCAGUCUACUCUAAGGCUAAGGCAUUGUUUCAAAGAAGUAGCUCCCAGCAAUCUCAUCCUUCGAACUUGGUGAAUGAGUCUUCCCUUGUGGGAAGGGAGGAAGAGUCGAAAUUCUUGAACCAAUUUUUGGUAUCCAGUAUUGAGUCGCGUGUUUCAAGUAGUCUUUACAUCUCGGGGCCCCCAGGAACUGGUAAAACUGCUCAGGUUAACCUUUCGUUUCAAAGCAUUUCUCACAGAUAUGCUACUAGAGUGAAGAUUAUUAAAAUUAAUUGCAUGACAGUAUCUAAACCAGAAAAUAUAUUCCACGAGAUUUACUGCCAAUUAGACACACUGAAACUGAGCGUCAUGUACACAAGGAAGAAGUCUUCAAAGGAUUUGUUAGAGUUCUUGCAACACGAGCACGAGCCUUUGCAAACUGUAGUACUUCUUCUUGAUGAGUUGGACUAUCUUAUCACCAAGGACCAGCAAGUUUUGUUUCAGCUUUUCAACUUCGUGUCUUUCAUUAAGUUGAAAACAAAGAUUGUCGUAAUCAGUAUUUCCAACGCGUUGGAUUUAACUGACAAAUUUUUACCUAGAUUGAAAAGUAAUAAUUUGAGUCCAGAAUCUCUUCAAUUUUUCCCCUACACAUCUGAGCAAAUCAAGGAUGUUUGCAUCUUCAAAUUGAAAAGCUUAUUGGAGGAAUCUGAGGAAGAUAAGGAGAACCAGACCACCGUUCCUGCUGGGUUUAUCCCAGUGAUACAUCCGGCAGCCAUUCAAUUGUGCAGUAGAAAAUCUUCUUCAAUCACAGGUGAUUUAAGAAAGGCAUUUGAUAUAUGCUACAAGGGCAUCGAGAUGAUCGAGAAUGAAUUGAGAAGGAAAAACGAAGAUAUUCAGGCAUAUGAUGCUUCAAACGCUCCGAAGGUGUUGAUAUCACAUAUUGCAAAAGUCUGUGCUACAUCAUUUGGAGAAAACAUUCUGACAAGAUUAAGUAACCUCAAUCUACUACAAAAAGCGAUUUUAUGCUGCUUGUUGAACUUCGAAUCGAGAAAGGUUACGAAAAUAAACAGCAACAAAAACUCUGUCAACCAAUUCUUUGAUCACUACGUCAACAAAACUACUCAAAUUUCGGAAGGAAUUCUAGGCACUUUAAAAAAAGGAGAGUUUUUAGAGAUUGUCAGUGCCUUGGAAUCAACUUCUUUAAUUACCAUUUCAAGUAACGUCAGCGGUGGUGGUAACAGUAAUAGCAGUAGUAUUGGAAGUUGCAUAGCAACCGGGAAUGGGGACUUUGAGGUAUCCAAUAAAUUGAUUCGUUCCAAUGUUCUGUAUAUAGAUGUCUCUAGAAUGAUUCAAGAAGUAGGGAUACUCGAAAGAAUCUUGAAUUGCGACUAA